AUGCAGGAACUUUCUUUUAAAGUAUUAAUUGACUGGUUAAAAGAAAACACUAACGAAUUGACUGAGGCAUUAACUAAUAGACUAGGGAAAGGCGUGGGGCGCGCGGGCCUCGCUCGAACCGCACGUCGAGUCAUGCCUACAUCUAGCUGCUACGUACUCUACAACUCGCGUCAUAGUGCGACAGGCGCGCGAGCUCGGCCCGCGGGGCCGGUGUUUCGGUUCAAGUUAUACUAUACAGCGCUACAGGGUUAA